AUGAUACGGAAGACCUUGGAUGUGGUGCCUGUUGUGUUACCGAGGCACCGAAUCGAGGAGGAUGCGCGCCUGGCAGCGGAAAAGCGUCAACGAGCAGCUGACGCUUUGACAGAACAGCAUCAUGUUGUGAGGUACAUUAUUGACAGCGGCGAGCACUCGGGGGAUGAGGAGGAGGAGGAGGAGUCGAAAAAAAAGGAUUCGGGGCUUCGCCUCUUUUCAGUGACUUCUUUGCCCGGUUCGGAUGUGCAUUCCCUUAAGACACUUCAUAUUCUAGAAGCACCGAGAAGUGCAUGGGGUCGUGCAACCCGUUCCGUAUAUCGUGGUGCACUUCGCUUACCGCACUUAUCCGGUGAUGAUGAUGAGGAGGAGGAAGAGGAGCUGCGUUUUAGUUCGUUACCGCUCCCGGGGUAUGAAAAGAAGAGCUGUUUUCUGCUAACACUCCCCGCAAUCGUGGAUGGUGAUGUUGGUGUUGCUGACUUGAAGCCUCUCAACACACCAAUUCACGCACUCCGUUGCGAGCGCGCGGGCACAGUAAAGGACGGAGAAGGCAUCUCAAGCUCGUGGUACUCGGGUGUAGAUACGCGCAAAGUUCAGUUCAAGCGGAGCUAUAUUGAUGAUGAUUAUCAAGAUGAAGGUGAAGAUGGAGGAGGAUAUUCUUCGAACGAUGAAAAGCCCAGAAAACGCCAGGAUACGAAAAAUUUGUGGGACAAAGGUAGUGAAGGUUCCUUUGGUAAGAGGAGCAAAUUCGAAAGUAACGGCGCUGUUAACAGAAACGACAACGAAAGUGAAGUGGAAAUGAAGAAUAGCACUGGAGGCAAGACUAAGAUGUCUGCGUCCAAAACCCAGGAGAGCAACAACAAAGGAGUUGCAACGAGUGAACCCCCUGUGUCAGUUCUUUCCACCUCAGCGCUCAGUGAAACCGACGAAAAGAGUAAAUCAGUGGGUGGACCUGAUCUUUCAGGAGUGAAUAGGGAAGAUUUAAAGAGUCUUACUGACACUUUCCUGAAGCAGUGGACAAACGAUGGAAGGUCUGCUGUACCAUUUAGCGAGGUGGCGAGGUCAGUAUUGAAGUUGCACUCCCUGUACACUGAAAUGAAGGCAAAACAUCUCUCACCUCAAACCAGACAAGAGGCUGUUGAGUGGUUCCGCGUAUCUCAGGCUUCAGUGCGGGAUAACGUUGUUUCCUUAGGCUACACAAUGGACAACGCGGGUAACGUGUACCUAUCACGGAGGUCUAAUGCUUAA